AGAUCCACUUUAUUCAAAAAAAAUCAUUUCUCAUUUACUCACUCUAAUUCGCAUUGAAAACAAAAUGUUAAAAAAUGUGAACAAUUGCUUAUCGAAAAAUGACAAUUUGCAAGGUAUCAGACUAGAUUCUCGAUUAUCAGUAGAACAAAUACCCAGAGAGGAUACAGCUGUUAAGACGCCAGUUGUGCGUUACUGCCUCCCAACAGUGGAAAGUCCACAACGAGAAUCAUCAUCAUUCAGAAGUAUAUCUGCUACUGUUUUUGCAUCUCUACUACGUGAUCGUUCUCGUUGCCUUCAACUCAUUAUUUUUGAUUGCCGGUAUCCAUUUGAAUAUUUCGGUGGACAUAUUAAGGGUGCUGUAAAUAUAUACUCCUUGGAUGAGUUGGGAAAAUACCUAUACGACGAAUACGGAGUCAAAAGUACAUUGGGUGGACUUAUACCAAUAUUUUAUUGUGAAUACAGUCAAGUUCGAGGUCCAGCGAUGGCUCGACGUCUUCGAAAAAUCGAUACACAUCGUAACAAUCAUAGAGCUGCGGCGUUGGAUUUCCCAGAAAUCUACUUGCUUGACAAGGGAUAUGUCAAUUUUUGGUCGGAUGUCUCUUUAAGAGAUCUAUGUGAGCCCCGUUACUACAUCUCAAUGCAUGCUCGACCGUUUCGACAUGCUCUCCAACAGUACACACAGCAUCGAUCGAAGAGCACGGCUAAUGAUACAAAGCACAAGAAGACUCACAUGAGAAUAUUUAGCUCGGAACAUCUUCUAGACGAACCCAAAAUGAUCGAUGUGCCGUCUGGAUAUGAAAGACCAACCGGAGCCGAAGAGACGUCAACUCCAAGACAACCAAGAGCCCGUACUCCGAGAGCCCGUCUAUUGUUCGAACCGUGUUUUACAGAAAUUGAUUGAGUGCCUAAUUGAUAACUAUUGGUAUUGAAUCAAAGAACUCUUCCUGUAUUUU